GUGCACGGCCCGCACGGGGAGAUGGCCCGCCGCGAGCUGCAGCUCGUAGUUAGCAAUCCUCCGGAAAUAGAACCUUUCUCCUUCUCAGCUAAUCUUCAGGAGGGGAAACGGGCACAAGUGAGCUGCAGCGUUAUAUCUGGAGACAUGCCAGUACAUUUCUUGUGGUUAAAAGACAAUGGACCGAUACCAUCUUCACUCCAGGUGGAAGAACGUGCGGCAGAUUUUUUCAGCAAUCUUGUGUUCAAAGAAGUGUCGGCAAGGCAUAGUGGCUCAUACACGUGCGUUGCAUCCAACAGUGCGGCCAAAGUUAACUAUACCGCUGAGCUGGUGGUCAAAGUAUCCCCUAAGUGGGUGACGGAACCCCAGGAUGAGGCCGUGUUAGCAGGAGAACCCAUAGCUCUGCACUGUCAGACCACUGGUUCUCCAACACCAGAGAUAUCCUGGUUGAAACAACGGGCGGGCUCGUCUUCCGACUACGAGCCACUAGUCAACCUGGGAGGUCGCUUUCAGUUCAUGUCGAACGGAACUCUGUGGUUCGAGUCCACGCUGCCAUACGACGAAGGAUCUUACACGUGCAAGGCGGAGAACGGAGUGGGUAGUUCGUUGUCGAAGACCAUUUUCUUAGCUGUCAAUGAGCCGGCGCGAUUCGAGCUGACAUCUCACAAUGUGUCAGCACGAAAGGACGCCGCGGCCACCCUCGCCUGCGAGGCCCGUGGAGACGCGCCUCUCAGACUCACCUGGUCUAGAGCGGUAAAACCACUGGACCUCUCUACUUACAGGCUUAGUAUAUCAGAAGCGAAGACUGAUGGUGGAUUGAGAUCGCAAUUGUACAUCAGUCGGACUGAGCGACUCGACUCCGGGGUGUACAAAUGCCAAGCCGUCAACGCAUACGGACACAGCGACCAUUACAUAUAUCUCUCUGUUCAAGAGAACCCAGAAACACCGCAGUCGUUGUCAGUGAUAGAGAUUCUGUCGCGAGCUGUACGCCUCUCCUGGAGCCAGGGCUUCGAUGGCAAUUCCCCUCUGGAGGCCUACACGCUACAAUACAGCGCGCUAUCCCCACAGGGUGCCAUCCGGGUCACCCACUGGGAGCUCGCCAACACAAUCAAUAUAAGCCUGCAAGGGACCCCUCAUGCUCAUGUGGUUUUAACCAAGAAGGGUGAUGUCCACUACGAGGCGCUACUCAGUAACUUGAAGCCGCACACCGCGUACAUGAUCCGCAUUGCUGCCCUUAACCAGAUUGACCGGAGCGCCUUCACCGAGCCCGUCGUCGUCAAGACACAAGAGGAAGCUCCGUCGGAAGCUCCGAGCAAUGUGCAAGUAACAGCGGGCGGACCUGGUGAGCUCCACGUGACGUGGCGCCCUCCGCCUCGGGACGCAUGGCACGGCGAGCUGCUCGGCUACUCCGUAUCCUGCACCGAGCUGCCGCAGGACACGCUUUACGCUCCUGAUCUCACGAGAACACUCACUGUGAACGGCUGGUCAGCUACUGAGCUAACUCUCUCGUCACUGAAGAAAUUCACUCGAUAUGAAGUGAGAGUUCGUGCGUUCAACGGUGUUGCUGCAGGCCCUGUGUCUGCUCCAGUCACUGCCACCACACUUGAAGGAGUUCCAGAGUCCCAUCCGACGCGCGUGCUGUGUUCGGCGCUGUCAUCAUCAAGCAUGAAGGUCUCAUGGAGUCCACCACCGCCCGGAUCUCGCGGCGGGAUGAUACAAGGAUACAAAGUUAUAUACGCGCCAUUAACCAGCAACCACGCGGAUGUUGCUGAAAUAAAAAGAGUGACAGCGACGGACACGUAUCUGCACACCUUACACAAAUACACCAAUUAUUCUAUUCAAGUGCUGGCGUUCACUGGUGCUGGGGACGGCAAGAGAAGUUCUCCAGUCUACUGCAUGACUGAGGAAGAUGUUCCAUCUGCUCCUGAGAAGAUCAAAGCCCUAGCGUACUCCAGUGACUCAGUGCUGGUAAGCUGGCUGCCACCGGUACAUCCCAACGGGAUCAUUUCUCACUACACCGUGUACUAUCGGGAAGCCGGGAGGUAAGCAUUCGAGCUUCACUGUUUCUGCGGACAAGAACCCUGAAAUGGAGCUAAUGUUUCAAGUAAGGAACCUGAUGGAAAAUCAGCUGUACGAGUUCUGGGUGUCGGCCACUACAGGUUCCGGGGAAG